UUACUUCGCAUCUUCAUCGGAUUUUUGCUCUGCCUCGAUCUUUUUAAGUCUCUUUCCAUCUUUUCCGGUUAUCGUGCGGCGCGUUUCAGAAUGAAGCAAAUUGUGACUAAUCAGACAGUUAAAAUCCCAGAGGGAUUGUCUGUCACAGUAAAAUCUCGUCUAGUGACUGUAAAAGGACCAAGGGGUGUUUUGAAACGGUCUUUUAAACAUCUCGCACUCGAUAUUCGGAUGAUAAAUUCCAAACUACUUAAAGUAGAAAAAUGGUUUGGUACGAAAAAAGAAUUAGCUGCUGUUCGUACUGUAUGUUCUCAUAUUGAGAACAUGCUUAAGGGAGUCACAAAAGGAUAUCAAUACAAAAUGCGAGCUGUAUACGCUCAUUUCCCCAUCAACUGUGUGACUACGGAGAACAACACAGUUAUAGAAAUUCGUAAUUUUUUGGGUGAGAAAUACAUAAGGCGUGUUAAAAUGGCACCUGGUGUAACUGUUGCCAAUUCUGGAAAACAGAAGGAUGAGCUGAUCAUAGAAGGAAAUUCGUUAGAAGAUGUAUCCCGUUCAGCUGCUCUCAUUCAACAAUCGACAACAGUAAAAAAUAAGGAUAUAAGAAAGUUUUUGGAUGGUUUGUAUGUAUCAGAAAAAACGACGGUUGUACUAGAUGAUGAAUAAAUUUCUUGUCUAAUUGAAGCUGGACAAUGAAUUUAA